AUUCCCUAUACUCAAGGCAACAAAUGGAGUUGAGGCUCAUGUGUCCUAUUGCAAAUUGAAUUGACUUAAUUGUCUAAUCAUUUAAAUUCUUAUUGUUUUUCUCAAUCUCUGUUUAUUGUGAUCGGUUGAUUUCCAUUAGGAUACAAAAUACAAAAACUUUAGAUUUUUCUAUUGUUUUGAUUAACAAGUCCCAAUGACAAUUGAGGUAUGGACCGAACCAACGAAUACAAAUUGACUCUCAAAUGGAUGGAGAGUAACAAGAUCAAUUCAAGGAAAGGCUUCCCCGAUAAUCCAAAACCUUUUCACUAUAAUGAUUUCAUGAAAUCAACUCGUGCAAUAUUUUCGGAACUUGCAAUGACUUGUAGUAAAUUGGAAAAGCUGAAUGAGUUGGCUCGGAAGAAGACGAUCUUUGACUCUGAUGAGUCGAGUGCUCAACUUAGUGAACUAGUUUAUAUUAUCAAGAAAGAUGUAAAUUCGCUUAAUCAACAGAUUGAAGAAUUGAGACAAAAUCAGCUUGCAAAGGUGAAAGAUGGUAAACGUCAGAAUGUCGAAUCUUAUUCGAAAAAUGUUGUACUCAACCUCCAAGAACAAUUAGCAAGUGUAAGUAGCGAUUUCAAGACAACACUAGAACUCAGAUCUCAGAAUAUGCAACAACAAAAGGCGAGAAGAGAGCAAUUCACUGGGUCCACUCCAUCGACAUCUAAUCAAUUGCAGCAACGAAAGACAACUUCAACUAUAAUUGACUUUGGAGAUGAACCAUUAACUCUUAGUAAAUCAAAUCAUUCGCAACAACAACAACAACAAUCACAGGCACAGUUGCUCAUCUAUGAGGACAAUACAUCACAAUAUUUGGAGGAACGAGCGUCCACCAUGCAAACAAUUGAAUCAACGAUAGUUGAACUCGGAGGAAUAUUCAAUCAAUUGGCUACAAUGGUCCAGCAACAAGAUGAAAUGAUUAGCAGAAUCGAUGCUAACAUUGCAGAUACUAAUUUGAACGUUGAAGCUGCUCACCAAUCUUUAUUGAGAUAUUUCCAAUCAGUCACCAAUAAUAGAUGGUUAAUGUUCAAAGUUUUCGGUGUUCUCUUCAUCUUUUUCUUAUUAUUUGUCAUGUUGACAUGACAAAUUCAUCUCUGUGAUUUUAAAAAUUCCAUUAUGAAAUUGUAACCUGUUUAUUAACAGUUUAUUUUAAAAUAUUA